UAUGUCCUCCACAGUGCUUACCAAAACCAAUGACACUGCGGCAUUCUCUGGACUUACUGAAAAUUCAAAAGGUGAAAUCCCAUGGGACAUAAAGGAUUUGUCAACAGAUAUGUUUCCCAUUAGUAUUACAGACGUCACAUCCACUGACAUGUCAGUUACAUCCUCGUUUCAUAAAACAUCAAUAGACUCAGUGUUCAACGCUACACUAGCCAACACGGUCAGUGGAACGCAAAACACCACCACACCUACUUUAAUAACAGCCACCUCACAACCAACUACCCCACUUGAAAACUGGACGUCAAAAACACACCCAACCAGUUCUACUGAUGAUCUGAAUCUGGCCAGUGAUACUGCACACACCACUGUUCUUUUAGACACAUUUAAAAGCCCAGAAGCUGGCAAAAGAUCAGAAAUCAAUUUCCCAGCUUUCCUUACCACACGACACGACAGCACACACCCAACAAGUGUUACGCAAGUAUACAAGAAAAGCACAGAUGUUUCUGUCACAGAAAGAAACUAUCAAGGAUUGGCUGCAACAAAAGAUAGUAGUUUAUUGAGCAGUCGGUUUCCGGAUCUCAUGGUUAGCACUUCCGAUAAAGCGACUACAUCAACUGAUGACCAUUUAAGUAGUACUGGUCUGACAACCUCCUCUUUGCCAAAUGCCAGGCCUAAUGUACUUAUUUCCACCACAUUUGAUUCAGGGCAAAGUACCGAUUCUCUCAGUUCCCCCAGUGCAACCACAAUAAUACACAACAAAACCAUUGGUGGCCCAACAAUAUCUACUGACACCCCAGUAAAAAUCACAGCUCGCACAAACACAGGCUCUGAUUCUAAAAACUUGUUACCAACCACAACCAGUCAGAGUUGGUUGUCAAGUACUACCUCUGAUAUUACAACCUUCAAUAAUCCAAGUGCCUUCACAAACAACUGGACAACCAACAACAUUCAAAGCACUUUGAAAUCUGAACUGAAAGCCACCACUGACAUUCCAAUCACCACCAACAAGCAGCUUCUUUCACCCAAAGCAAACCAGACUACCAGCGAUGCAUUGAUUAUCACCCCUGCUACUGACACUAAGAACUCUGUCUACCCAACAACUGCAAUAUUAAGGGAGACAACCAGUAUGCCUGUCACAGAUGACAAUGGUUUAUCUACCAUGUUGUAUGAAGGUACUCCUGCCCCUACAACUCCCCAGACAAGCAGAGCCUCCGUGCCUAAAACUACUGAACAAAACACCAACACGGAAGCUAAGAUUUCCUCCAUUUCAGUCAAAAGCACUGAAAACCCACUAAUGAUUGAUGCCAUGGCAAACCUAAAAGACACUCUUAUAACCACAACAACUGCACUUACCACUAUGGCUUCCAUGACUAACACUACAGGAGUAAACAGUUGGACUGAUCCUUUGACUUAUACUACAACACAUCAUUUCACAAAUAUCCUUAACACAAGCUCUUCUACAACAACGGGACCUCCUGAAAUACCUGCUACCAGUGCCACAGUUUACUCAUCUAAAUCCAACAACACCCCAAUUCGGACCACACCACUUAGCAUUGGCACAAAAUCACCAAUAGCCACAGCUCUCGGUGAUGUCAAAGGUACUGAAAAUAGAAGUACAGUCACAGAAAACCUGUUCAAUAGUCCCCUCUCUACCUUGGCUUCUGAAACACCUAUUCAAAAUCAAGGUUCCGCUACCUCCAAUUGGACUGUCAACACAUUUAAAAGUGCAGCUUCGACCACUCAUGAAACAUUAAGUGACACUCCCCAAACCACCACAGAUCCCCAAACAAAUUCAGCUUUGAUUAUGUCCUCCACAGUGCUUACCAAAACCAAUGACACUGCGGCAUUCUCUGGACUUGCUGAAAAUUCAAAAGGUGAAAUCCCAAGGGACAUAAAGGAUUUGUCAACAGACAUGCAUCCCAGCAGUAUUACAGAUGUCACAUCCACUGACAUGUCAGUUACAUCCUCGUUUCAUAAAACAUCAAUAGACUCAGUGUUCAACGCUACACUAGCCAACACGAUCAGUGGAACGCAAAACACCACCACACCCACUUUAAUAACAGCCACCUCACAACCAACUACCCCACUUGAAAACUGGACGUCAAAAACACACCCAACCAGUUCUACUGAUGAUCUGAAUCUGGCCAGUGAUACUGCACACACCACUGUUCUUUUAGACACAUUUAAAAGCCCAGAAGCUGGCAAAAGAUCAGAAAUCAAUUUCCCAGCUUUCCUUACCACACGACACGACAGCACACACCCAACAAGUGUUACGCAAGUAUACAAGAAAAGCACAGAUGUUUCUGUCACAGAAAGAAACUAUCAAGGAUUGGCUGCAACGAAAGAUAGUAGUUUAUUGAGCAGUCGGUUUCCGGAUCUCAUGGUUAGCACUUCCGAUAAAGCGACUACAUCAACUGAUGACCAUUUAAGUAGUACUGGUCUGACAACCUCCUCUUUGCCAAAUGCCAGGCCUAAUGUACUUAUUUCCACCACAUUUGAUUCAGGGCAAAGUACCGAUUCUCUCAGUUCCCCCAGUGCAACCACAAUAACACACAGCAAAACCAUUGGUGGCCCAACAAUAUCUACUGACACCCCAGUAAAAAUCACAGCUCGCACAAACACAGGCUCUGAUUCUAAAAACUUGUUACCAACCACAACCAGUCAGAGUUGGUUGUCAAGUACUACCUCUGAUAUUACAACCUUCAAUAAUCCAAGUGCCUUCACAAACAACUGGACAACCAACAACAUUCAAAGCACUUUGAAAUCUGAACUGAAAGCCACCACUGACAUUCCAAUCACCACCAACAAGCAGCUUCUUUCACCCAAAGCAAACCAGACUACCAGCAAUGCAUUGAUUAUCACCCCUGCUACUGACACUAAGAACUCUGUCUACCCAACAACUGCAAUAUUAAGGGAGACAACCAGUAUGCCUGUCACAGAUGACAAUGGUUUAUCUACCAUGUUGUAUGAAGGUACUCCUGCCCCUACAACUCCCCAGACAAGCAGAGCCUCCGUGCCUAAAACUACUGAACAAAACACCAACACGGAAGCUAAGAUUUCCUCCAUUUCAGUCAAAAGCACUGAAAACCCACUAAUGAUUGAUGCCAUGGCAAACCUAAAAGACACUCUUAUAACCACAACAACUGCACUUACCACUAUGGCUUCCAUGACUAACACUACAGGAGUAAACAGUUGGACUGAUCCUUUGACUUAUACUACAACACAUCAUUUCACAAAUAUCCUUAACACAAGCUCUUCUACAACAACGGGACCUCCUGAAAUACCUGCUACCAGUGCCACAGUUUACUCAUCUAAAUCCAACAACACCCCAAUUCGGACCACACCACUUAGCAUUGGCACAAAAUCACCAAUAGCCACAGCUCUCGGUGAUGUCAAAGGUACUGAAAAUAGAAGUGCAGUCACAGAAAACCUGUUCAAUAGUCUCCUCUCUACCUUGGCUUCUGAAACACCUAUUCAAAAUCAAGGUUCCGCUACCUCCAAUUGGACUGUCAACACAUUUAAAAGUGCAGCUUCGACCACUCAUGAAACAUUAAGUGACACUCCCCAAACCACCACAGAUCCCCAAACAAAUUCAGCUUUGAUUAUGUCCUCCACAGUGCUUACCAAAACCAAUGACACUGCGGCAUUCUCUGGACUUGCUGAAAAUUCAAAAGGUGAAAUCCCAAGGGACAUAAAGGAUUUGUCAACAGACAUGCAUCCCAGCAGUAUUACAGAUGUCACAUCCACUGACAUGUCAGUUACAUCCUCGUUUCAUAAAACAUCAAUAGACUCAGUGUUCAACGCUACACUAGCCAACACGGUCAGUGGAACGCAAAACACCACCACACCCACUUUAAUAACAGCCACCUCACAACCAACUACCCCACUUGAAAACUGGACGUCAAAAACACACCCAACCAGUUCUACUGAUGAUCUGAAUCUGGCCAGUGAUACUGCACACACCACUGUUCUUUUAGACACAUUUAAAAGCCCAGAAGCUGGCAAAAGAUCAGAAAUCAAUUUCCCAGCUUUCCUUACCACACGACACGACAGCACACACCCAACAAGUGUUACGCAAGUAUACAAGAAAAGCACAGAUGUUUCUGUCACAGAAAGAAACUAUCAAGGAUUGGCUGCAACAAAAGAUAGUAGUUUAUUGAGCAGUCGGUUUCCGGAUCUCAUGGUUAGCACUUCCGAUAAAGCGACUACAUCAACUGAUGACCAUUUAAGUAGUACUGGUCUGACAACCUCCUCUUUGCCAAAUGCCAGGCCUAAUGUACUUAUUUCCACCACAUUUGAUUCAGGGCAAAGUACCGAUUCUCUCAGUUCCCCCAGUGCAACCACAAUAACACACAGCAAAACCAUUGGUGGCCCAACAAUAUCUACUGACACCCCAGUAAAAAUCACAGCUCGCACAAACACAGGCUCUGAUUCUAAAAACUUGUUACCAACCACAACCAGUCAGAGUUGGUUGUCAAGUACUACCUCUGAUAUUACAACCUUCAAUAAUCCAAGUGCCUUCACAAACAACUGGACAACCAACAACAUUCAAAGCACUUUGAAAUCUGAACUGAAAGCCACCACUGACAUUCCAAUCACCACCAACAAGCAGCUUCUUUCACCCAAAGCAAACCAGACUACCAGUGAUGCAUUGAUUAUCACCCCUGCUACUGACACUAAGAACUCUGUCUACCCAACAACUGCAAUAUUAAGGGAGACAACCAGUAUGCCUGUCACAGAUGACAAUGGUUUAUCUACCAUGUUGUAUGAAGGUACUCCUGCCCCUACAACUCCCCAGACAAGCAGAGCCUCCGUGCCUAAAACUACUGAACAAAACACCAACACGGAAGCUAAGAUUUCCUCCAUUUCAGUCAAAAGCACUGAAAACCCACUAAUGAUUGAUGCCAUGGCAAACCUAAAAGACACUCUUAUAACCACAACAACUGCACUUACCACUAUGGCUUCCAUGACUAACACUACAGGAGUAAACAGUUGGACUGAUCCUUUGACUUAUACUACAACACAUCAUUUCACAAAUAUCCUUAACACAAGCUCUUCUACAACAACGGGACCUCCUGAAAUACCUGCUACCAGUGCCACAGUUUACUCAUCUAAAUCCAACAACACCCCAAUUCGGACCACACCACUUAGCAUUGGCACAAAAUCACCAAUAGCCACAGCUCUCGGUGAUGUCAAAGGUACUGAAAAUAGAAGUGCAGUCACAGAAAACCUGUUCAAUAGUCUCCUCUCUACCUUGGCUUCUGAAACACCUAUUCAAAAUCAAGGUUCCGCUACCUCCAAUUGGACUGUCAACACAUUUAAAAGUGCAGCUUCGACCACUCAUGAAACAUUAAGUGACACUCCCCAAACCACCACAGAUCCCCAAACAAAUUCAGCUUUGAUUAUGUCCUCCACAGUGCUUACCAAAACCAAUGACACUGCGGCAUUCUCUGGACUUGCUGAAAAUUCAAAAGGUGAAAUCCCAAGGGACAUAAAGGAUUUGUCAACAGACAUGCAUCCCAGCAGUAUUACAGAUGUCACAUCCACUGACAUGUCAGUUACAUCCUCGUUUCAUAAAACAUCAAUAGACUCAGUGUUCAACGCUACACUAGCCAACACGGUCAGUGGAACGCAAAACACCACCACACCCACUUUAAUAACAGCCACCUCACAACCAACUACCCCACUUGAAAACUGGACGUCAAAAACACACCCAACCAGUUCUACUGAUGAUCUGAAUCUGGCCAGUGAUACUGCACACACCACUGUUCUUUUAGACACAUUUAAAAGCCCAGAAGCUGGCAAAAGAUCAGAAAUCAAUUUCCCAGCUUUCCUUACCACACGACACGACAGCACACACCCAACAAGUGUUACGCAAGUAUACAAGAAAAGCACAGAUGUUUCUGUCACAGAAAGAAACUAUCAAGGAUUGGCUGCAACAAAAGAUAGUAGUUUAUUGAGCAGUCGGUUUCCGGAUCUCAUGGUUAGCACUUCCGAUAAAGCGAUUACAUCAACUGAUGACCAUUUAAGUAGUACUGGUCUGACAACCUCCUCUUUGCCAAAUGCCAGGCCUAAUGUACUUAUUUCCACCACAUUUGAUUCAGGGCAAAGUACCGAUUCUCUCAGUUCCCCCAGUGCAACCACAAUAACACACAGCAAAACCAUUGGUGGCCCAACAAUAUCUACUGACACCCCAGUAAAAAUCACAGCUCGCACAAACACAGGCUCUGAUUCUAAAAACUUGUUACCAACCACAACCAGUCAGAGUUGGUUGUCAAGUACUACCUCUGAUAUUACAACCUUCAAUAAUCCAAGUGCCUUCACAAACAACUGGACAACCAACAACAUUCAAAGCACUUUGAAAUCUGAACUGAAAGCCACCACUGACAUUCCAAUCACCACCAACAAGCAGCUUCUUUCACCCAAAGCAAACCAGACUACCAGUGAUGCAUUGAUUAUCACCCCUGCUACUGACACUAAGAACUCUGUCUACCCAACAACUGCAAUAUUAAGGGAGACAACCAGUAUGCCUGUCACAGAUGACAAUGGUUUAUCUACCAUGUUGUAUGAAGGUACUCCUGCCCCUACAACUCCCCAGACAAGCAGAGCCUCCGUGCCUAAAACUACUGAACAAAACACCAACACGGAAGCUAAGAUUUCCUCCAUUUCAGUCAAAAGCACUGAAAACCCACUAAUGAUUGAUGCCAUGGCAAACCUAAAAGACACUCUUAUAACCACAACAACUGCACUUACCACUAUGGCUUCCAUGACUAACACUACAGGAGUAAACAGUUGGACUGAUCCUUUGACUUAUACUACAACACAUCAUUUCACAAAUAUCCUUAACACAAGCUCUUCUACAACAACGGGACCUCCUGAAAUACCUGCUACCAGUGCCACAGUUUACUCAUCUAAAUCCAACAACACCCCAAUUCGGACCACACCACUUAGCAUUGGCACAAAAUCACCAAUAGCCACAGCUCUCGGUGAUGUCAAAGGUACUGAAAAUAGAAGUGCAGUCACAGAAAACCUGUUCAAUAGUCUCCUCUCUACCUUGGCUUCUGAAACACCUAUUCAAAAUCAAGGUUCCGCUACCUCCAAUUGGACUGUCAACACAUUUAAAAGUGCAGCUUCGACCACUCAUGAAACAUUAAGUGACACUCCCCAAACCACCACAGAUCCCCAAACAAAUUCAGCUUUGAUUAUGUCCUCCACAGUGCUUACCAAAACCAAUGACACUGCGGCAUUCUCUGGACUUGCUGAAAAUUCAAAAGGUGAAAUCCCAAGGGACAUAAAGGAUUUGUCAACAGAUAUGUUUCCCAGCAGUAUUACAGACGUCACAUCCACUGACAUGUCAGUUACAUCCUCGUUUCAUAAAACAUCAAUAGACUCAGUGUUCAACGCUACACUAGCCAACACGGUCAGUGGAACGCAAAACACCACCACACCCACUUUAAUAACAGCCACCUCACAACCAACUACCCCACUUGAAAACUGGACGUCAAAAACACACCCAACCAGUUCUACUGGUGAUCUGAAUCUGGCCAGUGAUACUGCACACAUCACUGUUCUUUUAGACACAUUUAAAAGCCCAGAAGCUGGCAAAAGAUCAGAAAUCAAUUUCCCAGCUUUCCUUACCACACGACACGACAGCACACACCCAACAAGUGUUACGCAAGUAUACAAGAAAAGCACAGAUGUUUCUGUCACAGAAAGAAACUAUCAAGGAUUGGCUGCAACAAAAGAUAGUAGUUUAUUGAGCAGUCGGUUUCCGGAUCUCAUGGUUAGCACUUCCGAUAAAGCGACUACAUCAACUGAUGACCAUUUAAGUAGUACUGGUCUGACAACCUCCUCUUUGCCAAAUGCCAGGCCUAAUGUACUUAUUUCCACCACAUUUGAUUCAGGGCAAAGUACCGAUUCUCUCAGUUCCCCCAGUGCAACCACAAUAACACACAGCAAAACCAUUGGUGGCCCAACAAUAUCUACUGACACCCCAGUAAAAAUCACAGCUCGCACAAACACAGGCUCUGAUUCUAAAAACUUGUUACCAACCACAACCAGUCAGAGUUGGUUGUCAAGUACUACCUCUGAUAUUACAACCUUCAAUAAUCCAAGUGCCUUCACAAACAACUGGACAACCAACAACAUUCAAAGCACUUUGAAAUCUGAACUGAAAGCCACCACUGACAUUCCAAUCACCACCAACAAGCAGCUUCUUUCACCCAAAGCAAACCAGACUACCAGUGAUGCAUUGAUUAUCACCCCUGCUACUGACACUAAGGACUCUGUCUACCCAACAACUGCAAUAUUAAGGGAGACAACCAGUAUGCCUGUCACAGAUGACAAUGGUUUAUCUACCAUGUUGUAUGAAGGUACUCCUGCCCCUACAACUCCCCAGACAAGCAGAGCCUCCGUGCCUAAAACUACUGAACAAAACACCAACACGGAAGCUAAGAUUUCCUCCAUUUCAGUCAAAAGCACUGAAAACCCACUAAUGAUUGAUGCCAUGGCAAACCUAAAAGACACUCUUAUAACCACAACAACUGCACUUACCACUAUGGCUUCCAUGACUAACACUACAGGAGUAAACAGUUGGACUGAUCCUUUGACUUAUACUACAACACAUCAUUUCACAAAUAUCCUUAACACAAGCUCUUCUACAACAACGGGACCUCCUGAAAUACCUGCUACCAGUGCCACAGUUUACUCAUCUAAAUCCAACAACACCCCAAUUCGGACCACACCACUUAGCAUUGGCACAAAAUCACCAAUAGCCACAGCUCUCGGUGAUGUCAAAGGUACUGAAAAUAGAAGUGCAGUCACAGAAAACCUGUUCAAUAGUCUCCUCUCUACCUUGGCUUCUGAAACACCUAUUCAAAAUCAAGGUUCCGCUACCUCCAAUUGGACUGUCAACACAUUUAAAAGUGCAGCUUCGACCACUCAUGAAACAUUAAGUGACACUCCCCAAACCACCACAGAUCCCCAAACAAAUUCAGCUUUGAUUAUGUCCUCCACAGUGCUUACCAAAACCAAUGACACUGCGGCAUUCUCUGGACUUGCUGAAAAUUCAAAAGGUGAAAUCCCAAGGGACAUAAAGGAUUUGUCAACAGACAUGCAUCCCAGCAGUAUUACAGAUGUCACAUCCACUGACAUGUCAGUUACAUCCUCGUUUCAUAAAACAUCAAUAGACUCAGUGUUCAACGCUACACUAGCCAACACGAUCAGUGGAACGCAAAACACCACCACACCCACUUUAAUAACAGCCACCUCACAACCAACUACCCCACUUGAAAACUGGACGUCAAAAACACACCCAACCAGUUCUACUGAUGAUCUGAAUCUGGCCAGUGAUACUGCACACACCACUGUUCUUUUAGACACAUUUAAAAGCCCAGAAGCUGGCAAAAGAUCAGAAAUCAAUUUCCCAGCUUUCCUUACCACACGACACGACAGCACACACCCAACAAGUGUUACGCAAGUAUACAAGAAAAGCACAGAUGUUUCUGUCACAGAAAGAAACUAUCAAGGAUUGGCUGCAACAAAAGAUAGUAGUUUAUUGAGCAGUCGGUUUCCGGAUCUCAUGGUUAGCACUUCCGAUAAAGCGACUACAUCAACUGAUGACCAUUUAAGUAGUACUGGUCUGACAACCUCCUCUUUGCCAAAUGCCAGGCCUAAUGUACUUAUUUCCACCACAUUUGAUUCAGGGCAAAGUACCGAUUCUCUCAGUUCCCCCAGUGCAACCACAAUAACACACAGCAAAACCAUUGGUGGCCCAACAAUAUCUACUGACACCCCAGUAAAAAUCACAGCUCGCACAAACACAGGCUCUGAUUCUAAAAACUUGUUACCAACCACAACCAGUCAGAGUUGGUUGUCAAGUACUACCUCUGAUAUUACAACCUUCAAUAAUCCAAGUGCCUUCACAAACAACUGGACAACCAACAACAUUCAAAGCACUUUGAAAUCUGAACUGAAAGCCACCACUGACAUUCCAAUCACCACCAACAAGCAGCUUCUUUCACCCAAAGCAAACCAGACUACCAGUGAUGCAUUGAUUAUCACCCCUGCUACUGACACUAAGAACUCUGUCUACCCAACAACUGCAAUAUUAAGGGAGACAACCAGUAUGCCUGUCACAGAUGACAAUGGUUUAUCUACCAUGUUGUAUGAAGGUACUCCUGCCCCUACAACUCCCCAGACAAGCAGAGCCUCCGUGCCUAAAACUACUGAACAAAACACCAACACGGAAGCUAAGAUUUCCUCCAUUUCAGUCAAAAGCACUGAAAACCCACUAAUGAUUGAUGCCAUGGCAAACCUAAAAGACACUCUUAUAACCACAACAACUGCACUUACCACUAUGGCUUCCAUGACUAACACUACAGGAGUAAACAGUUGGACUGAUCCUUUGACUUAUACUACAACACAUCAUUUCACAAAUAUCCUUAACACAAGCUCUUCUACAACAACGGGACCUCCUGAAAUACCUGCUACCAGUGCCACAGUUUACUCAUCUAAAUCUACCAACACCCCAAUUCGGACCACACCACUUAGCAUUGGCACAAAAUCACCAAUAGCCACAGCUCUCGGUGAUGUCAAAGGUACUGAAAAUAGAAGUGCAGUCACAGAAAACCUGUUCAAUAGUCUCCUCUCUACCUUGGCUUCUGAAACACCUAUUCAAAAUCAAGGUUCCGCUACCUCCAAUUGGACUGUCAACACAUUUAAAAGUGCAGCUUCGACCACUCAUGAAACAUUAAGUGACACUCCCCAAACCACCACAGAUCCCCAAACAAAUUCAGCUUUGAUUAUGUCCUCCACAGUGCUUACCAAAACCAAUGACACUGCGGCAUUCUCUGGACUUGCUGAAAAUUCAAAAGGUGAAAUCCCAUGGGACAUAAAGGAUUUGUCAACAGACAUGCAUCCCAGCAGUAUUACAGAUGUCACAUCCACUGACAUGUCAGUUACAUCCUCGUUUCAUAAAACAUCAAUAGACUCAGUGUUCAACGCUACACUAGCCAACACGGUCAGUGGAACGCAAAACACCACCACACCCACUUUAAUAACAGCCACCUCACAACCAACUACCCCACUUAAAAACUGGACGUCAAAAACACACCCAACCAGUUCUACUGGUGAUCUGAAUCUGGCCAGUGAUACUGCACACACCACUGUUCUUUUAGACACAUUUAAAAGCCCAGAAGCUGGCAAAAGAUCAGAAAUCAAUUUCCCAGCUUUCCUUACCACACGACACGACAGCACACACCCAACAAGUGUUACGCAAGUAUACAAGAAAAGCACAGAUGUUUCUGUCACAGAAAGAAACUAUCAAGGAUUGGCUGCAACAAAAGAUAGUAGUUUAUUGAGCAGUCGGUUUCCGGAUCUCAUGGUUAGCACUUCCGAUAAAGCGAUUACAUCAACUGAUGACCAUUUAAGUAGUACUGGUCUGACAACCUCCUCUUUGCCAAAUGCCAGGCCUAAUGUACUUAUUUCCACCACAUUUGAUUCAGGGCAAAGUACCGAUUCUCUCAGUUCCCCCAGUGCAACCACAAUAACACACAGCAAAACCAUUGGUGGCCCAACAAUAUCUACUGACACCCCAGUAAAAAUCACAGCUCGCACAAACACAGGCUCUGAUUCUAAAGACUUGUUACCAACCACAACCAGUCAGAGUUGGUUGUCAAGUACUACCUCUGAUAUUACAACCUUCAAUAAUCCAAGUGCCUUCACAAACAACUGGACAACCAACAACAUUCAAAGCACUUUGAAACAUGAACUGAAAGCCACCACUGACAUUCCAAUCACCACCAACAAGCAGCUUCUUUCACCCAAAGCAAACCAAACUACCAGUGAUGCAUUGAUUAUCACCCCUGCUACUGACACUAAGAACUCUGUCUACCCAACAACUGCAAUAUUAAGGGAGACAACCAGUAUGCCUGUCACAGAUGACAAUGGUUUAUCUACCAUGUUGUAUGAAGGUACUCCUGCCCCUACAACUCCCCAGACAAGCAGAGCCUCCGUGCCUAAAACUACUGAACAAAACACCAACACGGAAGCUAAGAUUUCCUCCAUUUCAGUCAAAAGCACUGAAAACCCACUAAUGAUUGAUGCCAUGGCAAACCUAAAAGACACUCUUAUAACCACAACAACUGCACUUACCACUAUGGCUUCCAUGACUAACACUACAGGAGUAAACAGUUGGACUGAUCCUUUGACUUAUACUACAACACAUCAUUUCACAAAUAUCCUUAACACAAGCUCUUCUACAACAACGGGACCUCCUGAAAUACCUGCUACCAGUGCCACAGUUUACUCAUCUAAAUCCAACAACACCCCAAUUCGGACCACACCACUUAGCAUUGGCACAAAAUCACCAAUAGCCACAGCUCUCGGUGAUGUCAAAGGUACUGAAAAUAGAAGUGCAGUCACAGAAAACCUGUUCAAUAGUCUCCUCUCUACCUUGGCUUCUGAAACACCUAUUCAAAAUCAAGGUUCCGCUACCUCCAAUUGGACUGUCAACACAUUUAAAAGUGCAGCUUCGACCACUCAUGAAACAUUAAGUGACACUCCCCAAACCACCACAGAUCCCCAAACAAAUUCAGCUUUGAUUAUGUCCUCCACAGUGCUUACCAAAACCAAUGACACUGCGGCAUUCUCUGGACUUGCUGAAAAUUCAAAAGGUGAAAUCCCAUGGGACAUAAAGGAUUUGUCAACAGACAUGCAUCCCAGCAGUAUUACAGAUGUCACAUCCACUGACAUGUCAGUUACAUCCUCGUUUCAUAAAACAUCAAUAGACUCAGUGUUCAACGCUACACUAGCCAACACGGUCAGUGGAACGCAAAACACCACCACACCCACUUUAAUAACAGCCACCUCACAACCAACUACCCCACUUAAAAACUGGACGUCAAAAACACACCCAACCAGUUCUACUGGUGAUCUGAAUCUGGCCAGUGAUACUGCACACACCACUGUUCUUUUAGACACAUUUAAAAGCCCAGAAGCUGGCAAAAGAUCAGAAAUCAAUUUCCCAGCUUUCCUUACCACACGACACGACAGCACACACCCAACAAGUGUUACGCAAGUAUACAAGAAAAGCACAGAUGUUUCUGUCACAGAAAGAAACUAUCAAGGAUUGGCUGCAACAAAAGAUAGUAGUUUAUUGAGCAGUCGGUUUCCGGAUCUCAUGGUUAGCACUUCCGAUAAAGCGAUUACAUCAACUGAUGACCAUUUAAGUAGUACUGGUCUGACAACCUCCUCUUUGCCAAAUGCCAGGCCUAAUGUACUUAUUUCCACCACAUUUGAUUCAGGGCAAAGUACCGAUUCUCUCAGUUCCCCCAGUGCAACCACAAUAACACACAGCAAAACCAUUGGUGGCCCAACAAUAUCUACUGACACCCCAGUAAAAAUCACAGCUCGCACAAACACAGGCUCUGAUUCUAAAGACUUGUUACCAACCACAACCAGUCAGAGUUGGUUGUCAAGUACUACCUCUGAUAUUACAACCUUCAAUAAUCCAAGUGCCUUCACAAACAACUGGACAACCAACAACAUUCAAAGCACUUUGAAACAUGAACUGAAAGCCACCACUGACAUUCCAAUCACCACCAACAAGCAGCUUCUUUCACCCAAAGCAAACCAAACUACCAGUGAUGCAUUGAUUAUCACCCCUGCUACUGACACUAAGAACUCUGUCUACCCAACAACUGCAAUAUUAAGGGAGACAACCAGUAUGCCUGUCACAGAUGACAAUGGUUUAUCUACCAUGUUGUAUGAAGGUACUCCUGCCCCUACAACUCCCCAGACAAGCAGAGCCUCCGUGCCUAAAACUACUGAACAAAACACCAACACGGAAGCUAAGAUUUCCUCCAUUUCAGUCAAAAGCACUGAAAACCCACUAAUGAUUGAUGCCAUGGCAAACCUAAAAGACACUCUUAUAACCACAACAACUGGACUUACCACUAUGGCUUCCAUGACUUACACUACAGGAGUAAACAGUUGGACUGAUCCUUUGACUUAUACUACAACACAUCAUUUUACAAAUAUCCUUAACACAAGCUCUUCUACAACAACGGGACCUCCUGAAAUACCUGCUACCAGUGCCAUAGUUUACUCAUCUAAAUCCAACAACACCCCAAUUCGGACCACACCACUCAGCAUUGGCACAAAAUCACCAAUAGCCACAGCUCUCGGUGAUGUCAAAGGUACUGAAAAUAGAAGUACAGUCACAGAAAACCUGUUCAAUAGUCUCCUCUCUACCUUGGCUUCUGAAACACAUAUUCAAAAUCAAGGUUCCGCUACCUCCAAUUGGACUGUCAACACAUUUAAAAGUGCAGCUUCGACCACUCAUGAAACAUUAAGUGACACUCCCCAAACCACCACAGAUCCCCAAACAAAUUCAGCUUUGAUUAUGUCCUCCACAGUGCUUACCAAAACCAAUGACACUGCGGCAUUUUCUGGACUUGCUGAAAAUUCAACAGGUGAAAUCCCAAGGGACAUAAAGGAUUUGUCAACAGACAUGCAUCCCAGCAGUAUUACAGAUGUCACAUCCACUGACAUGUCAGUUACAUCCUCGUUUCAUAAAACAUCAAUAGACUCAGUGUUCAACGCUACACUAGCCAACACGAUCAGUGGAACGCAAAACACCACCUCACCCACUUUAAUAACAGCCACCUCACAACCAACUACCCCCCUUGAAAACUGGACGUCAAAAACACACCCAACCAGAAAGCAGCUUCUUUCACCCAAAGCAAACCAGACUACCAGCGAUGCAUUGAUUAUCCCUCCAUCCGCUAUCAGUAAAAUAUCUGUCUACUCAGACACCAACAUAUUUAUGCAGUUUACCACCUUGUCUCCGACCAAUGAAGACUUCUUGUCUGCCAUAAUAUACAACAGUUCUUCUAUAUCCACAACUCCCAUUUAUCAGACCUCCAGCAUUUUUGGGUCUAAACAUACAGUUUCCACAAGCACGUAUCUUUCAACUUCUCCCGAAUCACAGCUAUUGCAUCUCGUUGAGGUGCAUUCUUCCACUAUGUCAGGACCAAAUUCCCAGCCUUUUUCAAAACCAAAACCUUCAAAUUUAUUAAGACCGCAACCUCAACCAAUUCACACGCCAAACCCUUACCGUUAUCUUAAACCAAGUACCCCCGCUCCAUUGAGACCUCGCCCCCAACCGACUUCAAGGCCAAAGCCUUUUCAUGUUCUUGAACCAAAUCUUCCCUGUUUGUCAAGACCACGACCUCAAACACCUCCUCGGCCAAUGCCUUCUCCAUUUCUACACCCACAUCCUCCUACUAUGUUAACUCCACGUCCCCAACCAGCUCCAAUGCCAAACCCUUCCCCUUACAUGGAGCAAAAUCCUUCCACUCAUUUAAGACCUUCUUUACAAUUGGCUCCAAUGCCAAAGCCCUCAUAUUAUUCAGAGCCAAACUCUCACACUUGGUCAAGACCCCGUCCACAAACGGCUUCAAGGCCAAAGCCUAUCCGCUUUACAGAACAAAAUCCCCCUACUAAACUAAGACCUCUUCCUCAUCCUGUUACAAGGCCAAAGCCUUCCCGUUUUUCGGAUCCAAAUCCCCCUUCUAAAUCAAGACCUGUUCCUUAUCCUGUUACAAGGCCAAAGCCUUCCCGUUUUUUGGAACCACAUCCCCCUUCUAAAUCAAGACCUAGUCCUCAUCCUGUUACAAGGCCAAAACCUUCCCGUUUCUUGGAACCACACCCCCCUUCUAAAUCAAGACCUAGUCCUCAUCCUGUUAAAAGGCCAAAGCCUUCCCGUUUCUUGGAACCACAUCCCCCUUCUAAAUCAAGACCUGUUCCUCAUCCUGUUACAAGGCCAAAGCCUUCCCGUUUCUUGGAACCACAACCCCCUUCUAAAUCAAGACUUAGUCCUCAUCCUGUUACAAGGCCAAAGCCUUCCCGUUUCUUGGAACCACAACCCCCUUCUAAAUCAAGACCUGUUCCUCAUCCUGUUAAAAGGCCAAAGCCUUCCCGUUUUUUGGAACCACAUCCACCUUCUAAAUCAACACCUGUUCCUCAUCCUGUUAAAAGGCCAAAGCCUUCCCGUUUCUUGGAACCACAACCCCCUUCUAAAUCAAGACCUGGUCCUCAUCCUGUUAAAAGGCCAAAGCCUUCCCGUUUCUUGGAACCACAACCCCCUUCUAAAUCAAGACCUGUUCCUCAUCCUGUUAAAAGGCCAAAGCCUUCCCGUUUUUUGGAACCACAACCCCCUUCUAAAUCAAGACUUAGUCCUCAUCCUGUUACAAGGCCAAAGCCUUCCGGUUUUUUGGAACCAAAUCCCCCUUCUAAAUCAAGACCUAGUCCUCAUCCUGUUAAAAGGCCAAAGCUUUCUCAUUUUUUGGAACCACAUCCCCCUUCUAAAUCAAGACCUAGUCCUCAUCCUGUUACAAGGCCAAAGCCUUCACAUUUUUUGGAACCAAAUUACCCAAUUAAAUUCAAACCUCGUCCUCAUCCUCCUUCGAGACCAAAUCCCUCCCGUUUUCUAAAACCAACAACUCCUACUCGGCUAAGACCUAGGCCUCUUCCCCAACCAGCUCCCAUGCCAAAGCCCUCUUAUUCACUGGAGCCACAUCUUCCCACUCAUUUAAGACCUCACCCCCAACCGGCUCAGAGGCCAGAGCCUUCCUAUCAUCUAGAACAAAGUCCUCCUAGACCUCAUCCACAAAUUGCUUCAAGACCACAGCCUUCCCAUUUUUUAGAACCAAAUCCCCUUACUCAGUUAAGACCUAGUCCCCAAAUGGCUCCAAGACCAAAGCCAUCUCUUUUCCUAGAAACAAACCCCUCACCUUUGUUAAGGCCUCAUCCCAAACCAGUUCCCAGGCCAAAGCCUUCCCGUUUCUUGAAACCGAGUUCCCCCUCCCUAUUAAGACCACAUCUCCAACCAGCUCCAGGGCCAAAGCCUUCUCAUUUCCAGGUACCAAAUCCUCCCACUGUGUUAAGACAACAUCCCCAGCUGGCUUCAAAACCACGGCAUGUACAAUUAUUGGACUCAAAACCUUCCACUUUGUCAAGACCACAACCUCCCAGGUUCCUGCUCCCAAACAAUCCAAACUAUUCACAAGCGCGACCUUUGUCAAACUCCAAGCCCCAGCUACAAGGCCUCCUUAGACAGGAGAGUCCAAACUUAUCAAAACCUCAGCCAACCAGCUUUCAUAUGCCACAGCCCCCAGACUUUACCAAGCAACGAGGCUCCUUUGUUUCAAGGUUGCACCAUUUUAAUCUUUAUAAGCCACAACCUACAAUGUUUACAAAGCCACAAUAUCCAGUUUUUGCCAGGCCUCAGCCUUUUAACAUAAUCAGGCCAAGGCCCAGAAAGGUGAAUCCCUCAAGCCCACAAAAGCCACAGUACCCUCAUGUCUACAGACCACAGACUGCAGCUCUAUCAAGACCAAGGAGGUUUCACAUCAAUGUACCCACCUGAAUUCAGCCCCAAGUCCAACAGACAACCUCUUUUUGAUAAGCGACAUGUUAAAUCAAAAUGAGGAUUUAAGAGGGAGUGUGAAGGAAUAUCAGAUGUAUCUUUGUACUUUCAUAAGAUGAAAACUACCUCAUCAGAGGACCAUAAGUCUGAAAGCUGCAUCAAAUGUUAGAGAUUAAACAAGCCAGUAAUUCAUCAUCAGCUCUCCACACAAACAAACUUCCCCUCUUAAGACCCAAGCUAAUAUUUGAGGUAACUCUCUAAAUAUGUAGUCACAGGGCUGAAGUUAAUCAGAAUACCCUACGGUGGAAAUAUAACCAAGAUGGGAUGUCAACGUUUGAGGAUGCCAGGUCCUGAGAAGCUAAUAAGCAAAGUGAGAGCAACUGUUUUGAUGAAAAAAAGACAUUAACGUACCAUCACUGUGAGAGGAUACCUGCUCUGCUAUCUGAGCCCCUGCUGCUUCCAUCUGUUUCAGCUAAGACUUAAUAAAAUGUACCCAGAGUUUUGACGAUGUUUUCUCAAAGUUCCUUGUCUUUUGUCUUUUCUUGGUGAGUUUACCUCUCUGUAAUGGUGCUUAUUGUAAAGAAAUGUUAUCAUUGAAACUGAAAAACAAGUUUUCUGGAUUCUGCA